CACGCUGUCAAUAUCACUGGAUUGCCUUUGACUGAGUGAGCCUUCCUUGGCUGGUGUCAUGCAGGCCAUUUGUUUUGCUUGUAUGUAUGUACACAUCUCUGUGCUUUACAGCCAGGGCUAGCAUACUCUGAUAGGGACUUUGACAGGGGCUCGCAUCAAUAAAAGUAGAUGGAAAGAGCUGAUAUGUGACAAGGAGGUUGGGUUUCCCGUGCUGGUGCUUGCAGAGCUGCUGCGUCUUUCAAACAUUCCUCGGUGGCGCUUUAGCACACUGGCUCGGCUCCUUGUUUCCAGCAGUGCGGGUCAUGUCACAUGGCUGACGCCGUUGUCCAAGUUGGCCAGAGGUGAGGUUGCUGCCGCGCGGCAAGGUUUGGAACCAAAGGCAGGAGCCCAAACAGUGCUGAUAGCAGCAGCAGCAGCGACCAGCUGAGACCGUCAGUGUGACACACUCUCACACACACACACACACCAGGUGGAGGUCACAGGCUUCCUUCCUUCAGGUGAGCGGUCAGAGAUAUCAGACUAAAAGCCAGGAGGACUAUAACGUCAGCGCUCUCGCCGUGGCAUGGAGCUGAUGAACCAGGACGUUGUGGCCAGGAACGGACCCGCCGAGGGGGCGCCGAAACGCGGGCAUGGGUUGGCCGAGGUGCAGAUGUGCCAGUCCAUCUUGCCAUGCCACGCCAACCACCUGGGAGAACUGGGUGCCGGGCAGCUACUGAAGUGGAUGGACACCAUCGCCUGUCUGGCAGCUGAAAGGCAUGCAGGGAUGCCAUGUGUCACAGCCUCCAUGGAUGACAUCCGAUUUGAAGAGACAGUAAGGGUUGGUCAAAUCAUCAAUAUCAAAGCCCGAGUAAACAGAGCGUUCAACACGAGUAUGGAGGUGGGCAUCUGUGUCUCAGUGCAGGAUGUGAUGAGUGGCAUUUUGAAGCGGGUGUGCGUUGCCUUCUCCACCUUUGUUGGGAAACCAGUGGGAGAACGGAAGGUGUGUCUGAGGCCAGUUGACUUCCUGAACUCGGCAGAGGAGCGACUGGAGCAUUCGCUGGCCUCUGAAAGACGCCGCCUCCGCCUUUACAACGAGGAGGCUUUCAACAACCUCAUGGUGGACUACUACGCCCAGGGUGUGAGCCAAAGGAAAGACUCCAGUCCAACCCAGAGAAUAUCAACAGAGUGCACCCGAGUUGAGAGCAUUGAACUCGUCCUUCCUCCACAUGCCAAUCACCAUGGUAACACAUUCGGAGGACAGAUUAUGGCCUGGAUGGAGAACGCAGCUACAGUGGCGGCAAGUCGGCUGUGUGGAACAUACCCCACUCUGAAAGCUGUGGACAUGUUCCAGUUUAGAGGUCCAUCUACAGUGGGGGACAGGCUCGUAUUCAAGGCAAUGGUCAACAACUCUUUCCAGACCAGUGUGGAGGUUGGGGUGCGGGUAGAAGCCUACAACUGUGAGGAGUGGACCCAGGGAACGCCAAGGCACAUCAACAGCGCUUUCCUCCUCUACCAGAGGACCAACAACGAGGGCCACAUAUUGACCUUCCCAGAGGUCAUUUUCACCACUCAGGAUGGAGAGAGAAGAUAUCUGUCUGCCAUUGUGAGAAAGAGGAUUCGCAUGGCUAGAAAGCACAUUCUGUACUCCAGAGAUGAAGGACCUCUGUCAGUCCCUUGGGACAAAAGUAAUCAGGUAUAUUUGGGCUACAACAAUGUAGCAGCUCUGACAGUAUUGGCAGGAAAACCAACAUGGGAGGCCAGCAGUGUUAACAAUAAGAUAGGGGUGUUUGUGCUGGAGGAGCUGGACUCUCUCUGUAUAAAGGUGGAGAUGGAGGUGGACACGACACCCUUCCAUGCCUUCUCCUUGCUGUCUGACCUGCACUUGAGGCCGCUCUGGGACAAGCACUACCUGAGUUGUGAGGAAGUGGAGAAAGCUGAUGAAGAGGAGACUGUGUACCACACCAAAUGUAGCCCCUUAAAUGGAAACAUCAUCUCUGAUUUUGUGCUUCUACUGUCUAAAAGGCAACCUUGCAAAGACAAAGACCCUUUUGUGAUUGCACUGCGCUCUGUAACAACAGAGAAGUUACCCCCUACUGAAAACGCCACUCGCAGUGAAGUCAAAUGCGCAGGAUUCAUCAUACAAAGAAACUCCCAUUCCACCUGCAAGGUGUCUUACUACAACCAGGUGACUUCAGGUGUGUUACCUUUUGUAGAGGGCAACCUGGCAGGCUGGUCAAAGUCCAUGGAAGAAACGGCUAGAUCCUGCAUCACAUUUCUAGAGAUUGACACAAUCUCAACUGCCUUUUAGCAACUCUUAAUAACUUUUCUUGUACAGAAAGAUUUUUGUAUAGUAUUUAUACAUUUGUUGUUUUUCUUCUAUGAGUAUAUUAUAGAUGUCAUUGCAAUGUAAUACAUGAAGAUGAAUAUGUUAUUGUAUUCACACCUCAUGUUUGAAUAUAUACAGUAUUUAUUAUAUGCAAAUU